CCGGCAACACCAGCAGACAUGAGUCCCGAGAACGUGGACUAUGGUCUCAGUAACAUGGUAAGGGCAGGUUACCUGGCGAAACUGCGUGAAACGCUAAUGGCAAAUAUAAAAGCAAACACUGUGAGCGACCGCGGCUCGGCUGAAGAUGGAACAAUAGAAAUGUUCGUGGAGAAGUGUUUGGGCGAGAUGGAAAAGGAAGCGAUAAGGAAGUGCAUGGUAGCAGAGAUAUACUGCGAUGCAAUGCGUAAAACAGUACGUGAAUAUCUACUCUGUGAUUCUCGAAAUUUACCCAUAGGUUGCACUUGAAAAAGGAAAAGAAACCUCCCACUACUUUUGGCUGUUGCUGUACCCAUAAAUUAUCCCACGCGGAUACACUAAAACGCAGGGGCAUAUUUAGACUUACUUCUAGGGGAGCGGGGUGACUCAAAUAUAUUUUAA